AUGAACUUUGUUCAGAAUGAAAAUGAGGGAACUAACCAAAAUAAGGACCAGGCUGGCGUAGCGGAAGAUCAGACGGGGCAAGCGGGAUCCGCAUUGGCGGGGCAAAAAUGGUACAAAUGCAUGUAUUGCAAUGGAGGAUUCAGCUGUGCUCAGGCACUGGGAGGUCAUAUGAACGCCCACAGACGGGAACGGGCCCUUCGCAGCCGAUCUUCACCAGCAGCAUGUGACCUGGGGCUUGGUUCCUCCUUUCCCUCAUGUUCUUUGGCCUUAUCAUCUUCAUCUUAUCAGGCUGACUUCUCUUCAUUACUCCCCCAGUUGUCCACAGAACCCAGUAGAGAAAAAGAUGUUUUGGAGAAGGAUUGCGAUAGAAUUCAUUUGAAUGAGUACAGUGAAUUGUUUCAUGAAAAGCAGGAAAUAAAAGUUAAUGGCGAGGAGAUGAGUUAUUCACAGGAUGAUGAGGAAGUCGACUUAGAACUUCGUCUGGGACAAAACCCACAUAAAAGAGCGAGACUUAGUUCAACAUAUUUCACCAUUCUUUGA